AUGACGCUACAAGUAUCGUGGGUCCGGCACAGAGACGUCCAUUUGCUCACAAUUGGCCGUUACACGUACACGAACGACCAGCGAUUUCGCGCGAUCCACACUGCCCAUUCGGACGACUGGACGCUCCAGAUAAAAUAUCCGCAGCAUCGGGACAGCGGUAUUUACGAGUGCCAGGUCUCCACGACGCCCCACAUGAGUCAUCUAGUCCAUUUAAAUGUAAUCGAGCCAAAAACCGAGAUUCUGGGUGCGCCGGAUCUGUUCAUCAAUCGAGGUAGCACCAUCAAUCUCACGUGCGUCGUCUUACAGAGUCCAGAGCCGCCCGCCUACAUUUUCUGGAAUCACAACGAUGCGAUAAUCAGCUACGACUCGAACAGAGGCGGCGUCUCCGUGGUCACAGAGAAGGGUGACAGCACGACGAGUUUCCUCCUGGUUCAAGAGGCGAAGCCGUCGGACUCGGGACGGUACACUUGUAACCCCAGUAAUGCUCAACCGAAAUCGAUCACCGUACACGUACUCAACGGAGAGUAUCCCGCGGCAAUGCAGCACGGCGGUCAGGCCAAGCAACCGAGGCUGUACUCUCUUCUACUCUGCCUGUGUCUGCUACUUUACUAAUUGCUCCAUUCCAUCGCGCAUUUUCGAAGGAAGAAGUCGGAGAGCACUUUAGAGCGAAUGGGAAUGUGUGUGAGUAUGUAUGUGUGUGUGUGUGCAUUUAUGUGCGUGCUGUGUAAGAGAAGAAAAGAGAGAGAGAGAGAGAGAAAGAGAGGUAUUUUCGUCACACGGGUCGCGCGGAAAUUGCCCAAGUGUCAUGAAUGCCAUUGCUAGAUAGGAUGGUGCGACGAGGCGCAUCCGACGAGGAUGCUUUUGACUGUGCACCGGAACGAUGACUCUUUCGGAACGACGACAACGCGCCCGGAAGGAACGGUGCGACCGAGCAUUGCGACGACGCUUUUAACGCCGGCUUCGCACAGGCCACGCGAUCCGGGAUCGCGAAUAUACAUGAUACGAUAAUAAUACACGUAAGAGAACACGCGCACAAAUGCGUCACGAUUACGAAAACGUAACACACAGGCAUCGACGUACAGUCGAUUUCAUUAACGACGGGCGCUGCUUAUUCGCGAAUGAGCUUAUACAGUUUCACGUUACAGAGAAAAGAAGAGUACGUUUAUUCGACGAAUAAGCCGUAGUUUAACGUCGGUGAAAUUGCACAAAGAGCAGUUAAAAUACGCAAACGAGAGAAUAUGAUGUCCGGGAUAUCGCGUAGAAAUCGCGAGCGUUUUCACUUCUCAUUUAAAUAUUCUGACCUUUCAUUUAAAUAAUCGGACUUUAAAUAACAAUCCUCUCUAAGUAAAGUACUCGCUGCAAAACAUGACUUUCCCGAUUCAUUUGCAUUUCAUCAAAGACCUUCGAAUUCCGAUUUUUUCCAAUUCAGAAAGAUUCUCGAAACAAUCGGCUCUCCUCUCUCCAAGUACGACGACAAAUAUCUCUGGCUCGAGAAAGAAGUGAAUCUUCCGGGGAUGGGGGACAUGUACACACACAUACACGGAGAUGGCAAAAGAUCGAACGCGCGGGUAGAGAUGGCGAAAAGGGACAACGAGAAGAUACGCGUCGCGAAUGCUUGGCUUUCUCCGCGAUUAAUUCGAACAGACUCGAGGAGUGUCUGUCGACUCGCUUUCCGGUCGGCGAGGCUCGACGGCGACGGAUGCAUCGAGGAAGAGAAGAACGAAUCCGUUGCCACGCAACCGCGGCUUUGACCGGUUUACGCUUCGGAAUCCUCGCAACUGGAUGACCAUCGACGAUCGACACAACGACCGAUGUGUAUACCGUUAUAUAUUCUUCCACGACCAUGCACACAAGAGCCUUUUGUGCGAUCCUCGCAAUUCUCAUGUUCCAAUAUUGACACCGCCGCACUUCCGGCGACGAAUGAGCGGUAAAAUCUCGAGUCUCUAUCGCCGCGAUCGGCGGGUAUUGCGGAAGCGAUUAUCGCGCAAUCGAAUCGCACGUGUCUCUCGACACUUUCCUCUUGUUUCUUUUUAUGUUUUGCACAGCACGUUCUCCGUGGCAUCUCUCGUAUCAAUCGACGCGCGAUAAAAGUUCACACGAUUCUCGAUUGAAAUCGGUAAGUAGCGUAAUUUUUGUUUUAUUAUUCUUUAGUUUUGUAUUUCGAUUAUAAGCAAUCGUGCUUCUUCAUACUCGCGGAACGUCGUCGACGUUUAUUUAAAUAAAACGGUGAAAUUAGUUUAUGCGAAACACUAGUCGGAUAUUGUGAAAUUCAACAGCAAUUAACAUUUCUAUACCGACAAUUGUCAUCAAGAGACAAAGCGAGAUUCGCGCAGUGUAUGACGAUAUUUGCAUUAAAUCCAAUCGCGCGCGUUAUCUCCGAUGCGUUGUAAAAGUUCGAGGGAAAACAGAAUUUUUUACAUUACAAAGCAAGAGAAUAUUUAUGCAGCGGGGAAUUGCGUAAAGAAAUCUUCUUCGACAAAUUUUUUAAUAUUAAUAGAAUUAUACAAUCCAGAGCAAUAUUUCUAAAGCAAUGUAAAAUUCAUUGUACCGUUCGCGCGAGAUUUUAAGAGACAUUUGACUGAUAUCUCUGUCAUAAAGCAAAUUAAAUUUCGUGAACACACGAGAGACUUCUUUCUACGUUGGAAUUAAUAAAAAUAUCUUAUAAAAAAGCAGCACAUACAUGAAGUGUCGGAAGCAGAGAAGAAAAGGGUUGAAAAUAAUACUAUACAACGUGGAAUUAAAAUGAAAUCCUAUUCAUUCAAAUAUGCAGAACCCUUCAUUUUCUCUUUAUAAUAUUCGCAUUUUAUAUUAUUUUUCGUAACAAGUACGUAGUACAGUGUUGGAAAAAACGCGAGAUAUCGCACGAAAAAAAAAAAAA